AUGGAGUCGCGCAAACAAGUGUUGCUACACGUGGUUCCUGUUCGAGUUGUAUCUCUGGAGAAUAGCUCCCUGACCACUUACAAUCUGCUAGAUAAUGGAAGUCGUGGGAUAAUAAUUGAUACCAAGCUGGCCGAGGAGCUUGGCAUUACCGGACCUGUCGAAACAGUCACGUUUACUACUGUAAUGGGAAAGCAAGAUGCGACUCUAGUUGAUCAAGAGAAACCUCACAUAAUUCUGGGAACAGAAUCCAAACUAGAUGAAUCUAUUAAAGACUCUGAGGUUUUCCCCAGGGACUAUGCAAUAUUUCGAAAAGACAGACAAGAUAUUAAUCCUGGAGGUGGAGUUUUCAUCGCUGUUUACAACACAAUUAUUGCUACUCGUCAAACCCAACUGGAUUGCCAAGCUGAGGCAAUAUGGAUUAAAAUCGAAAUAGCUAACCAGAAGCCUUUAUAUCUUGCUUCAUUAUAUCGUCCACCGGGAAAUGAUGAAAAACCACUUGAAGCCUUCAAACCGUCAUUGAACAGAUUGCAAUCAAAUGGAUCCUUCCCCAGAAUUAUUAUUGCUGGUGAUAUGAAUGUGCCUGACAUCGAAUGGAGUAAUGCUUCAGUUAAAGAUAAUCCACAAUAUGGAGUAGCAGUAAACAAGACAAUGAUCGAUCUUGUAGAUGAUCACAGCCUUUCCCAACUUGUAACUUUUCCAACAAGACAAGAAUCAGUGCUUGAUUUGGUAUUAACUAGCCAUCCAGAUCUUGUACAUAGCCUGUCAAGUGUUCAGGGUAUCAGUGAUCACUCAGCUGUGUCGUUUGACUUAAAUUUAUCCGUAAAAGUCAACAAAAAGAAGCCACGUAUAGUCUAUAAGUUUGCUAAGGCUAAUUUUACCGAUAUACGCAAGGAUGCAACAAUCCUUAGUAAUGAUUUCUUUGAAAGACAUCCAGAGAACAUAAAUGUUGAAAGUAACUGGCAAUUUUUCAAGUCAGGCUUAAUGAACAUUCUAAGUAGAAGUGUACCAACCAAGAAGAGUGGGUCAUGGAAUAACUCUCCCUGGAUGACGAGAGAUCUAAAGACAUCCCUGAGGAAGAAGAAAAGAUUAUAUAAUAACUAUAAGAAAUCAGGGAAAGCUUGUGAUAAAGAGAAAUAUCGCAAAUUCCAAAAGCUGUUUAAAAUUAAAAUGAAGAAGGCCCAGGACGAGUAUAUAGCAGACACCCUCAAUUCUGACUUGAAAGAGAAACCAAAGAAAUUCUGGUCGUAUAUUAAAUCGAAAAGACAAGAUCAAGUUGGAGUUCCUCCAUUGAAGGAACAUGGUAUAGUAAAGACGGACAGUAUGAGCAAGGCAGAAAUCCUAAGUAACCAGUUCCAACAGGUAUUUACUCAAGAGGAUGUAGCGUCUAUACCAAGCAAAGGACACGGUGAAAUCCCGAUGAUGGGUUCAAUAUCAUUUAAUAGAGAUGGCGUGGAAAAGCUACUUAAGACCUUAAAUAGCAAAAAAGCAAGCGGUCCUGAUAAGAUACAAACUACAUUACUCAAGGAAACUGCAUCAGAAAUAGCAGAUGUCGUGACAUUCCUUUUUAAUCAAUCAUAUAGUUCUGGCCAAUUACCUGAAGACUGGACUAAGGCACAAGUGGUUCCAAUAUUCAAGAAAGGAGUGAAGCACGACCCAUGUAAUUAUAGACCGGUGUCUUUAACUACAGUAUUAUGCAAACUUAUGGAACAUGUCAUCUACAAGAACAUAAUGGAGCAUCUUGAGAAUAAUAAUAUCCUAUUUGCAAAUCAACACGGGUUUCGCAAAAACCAUUCAUGCGAAACCCAGCUUCUAUUAACAGUUGAAGACCUGGCACGAAAUACGGAUAACGGUGGUCAAAUAGACAUGCUGAUACUUGACUUCAGUAAGGCCUUUGACAAGGUCGCACAUGGUCGCUUGAUCAGUAAAUUACUGUAUUAUGGUAUUCAAGGUAGAACACUUGCAUGGAUUAAGUCAUGGCUCACCAAUAGAACACAAAGAGUCGUAGUGGACGGUGUUUCAUCAAAACCAGUAGACGUAACAUCAGGAGUGCCGCAAGGCACUGUACUUGGUCCAUUGAUGUUCCUCCUGUUUAUUAAUGACAUGCAGGAGAACUUGGAAUGCACUUUAAGGCUAUUUGCUGAUGAUGCCCUGCUGUACCAUCAAAUUACACAUGACGAUGAUACCCUAGUCUUGCAGAGGGACUUGGACAGAGUGGGGCUAUGGGCCGAAAUAUGGCAAAUGGUUUUUAACCCUACCAAAUGUUACAAAAUGUCAGUCUACAGAAAUAAAUCACCAGUACUGAAAGAUUAUACUUUAUAUAAUCAGAAACUCUCAGGUGUUAAACAGCAUCCCUACCUGGGCGUUUUGCUGUCUGAUGAUUUACGGUGGAAUUUUCAAGUAAACAAGAUCGUAAACAAGGCUAACUCAACACUUGGAUUCAUAAAAAGGAACUUGUAUUCAUGUUCUGAGGUCACCAAGCGUGUAGCCUAUGUUACACUUUUAAGGUCACAUCUAGAAUAUGCAGCUGCUGUAUGGGACCCUUAUAGACAGGAUCAAGUGGACAAGAUUGAAGCAGUCCAGCGACGUGCGGUGAGAUUCAUAAAGCGGGAUUACGACUGGAACUCUAGUGUUACAAUAAUGAGACAAUCCCUUUCUUUGGAUCUGCUGAGAUGA